AUGAGUGCAUCAGACAGUCUCAUGCCCGGUCCUGAGGGCAAAACACCUCGCUUUUACGAAGUUGAUCGAGGUCAAAAGACUGAAAGUUAUAUAACGGCUGUUUCUGGUAAUCCCGUUGCCCCCGGACCAUCCGGCACAUUAGGGUCAUCAUCAACAAAGAAGAAGCCGAUUAAAUACAAGAAAGUAGAUGAUGAAGUUGUCGUUCUGACAGAUGAUGAGCCAACAUCAAGGCCAAAGCCAGAUGGACAAAUAGGAUUAACAGAAGACGAAUUAUUACAAUUCCGUGAUGACGGUUUCUGGAGGACAAUCAGAUUGUUCUUAUUCAUCCUUUUUUGGAUACUAUGGCUGUUGAUGUUCAUUGUGGCCAUUAUAAUAGUCAUCCUAUCACCAAGCUGUACAGUUCGAGAGAAACCUCAUUGGUGGCAGACUUCUGUCGCUUAUCAUGUUUGGGUUCCAUCUUUCCAAGACUCAGAUUCUGAUGGUGUGGGGGAUGUAAAUGGUUUAAUAUCAAGAUUGGACAAGCUUAGAAAGAGCGGAGUUCAAGUGGUUUGGCCAACACCAUUCCUCUUGAGUGACGAUUUUGGUCCAGCAGUGAGGAACUUCAACCAAAUGGAAAGUAAAAUAGGAGCAAAUCAAGAUGCAGACAAGCUGAUAGAUGCAGUUCAUGAAUUGGGAAUGAAAAUUGUGAUCACUGUGCCCAUCGCGUCCACCUCUCAAGAACAUGAAUGGUUUCUGGCUUCGUCAACAGCUAGCAUUCCUGAAAACAAGAACUACUCUGAGUUUUACCAUUGGACUGAUAAUCCAACUUCAUCAGAGUUCUAUUCCAAUUACAAAUCAUUAAACUUCCUUCAUAUAAAGUCAAAUCCAAAAGCUGCUGUGCUCAAUUGGAAGCUGAAAGAUGUGAGACAGCAUAUGUUUGAUGUACUUUCGAAGUGGAUGGAACGUGGUGUUGAUGGAUUCUAUUUGUCAGAAAUUGAAUACUUAGCUCGCUCAGACGAUGGAACGGAAGCGAACUGGCAAGGAGUCUCAAAAAUAAUUCGAGAAAUUCGAACUCACGUAGAUACAUACUCUACCGAGAGUGUUGUUCUAAAAGACCAGAAUAAGAAAAUUGCAUUGUUUGCUUCUCGGGAAGAAGCGAAAGAGAAAGAUAAGCUUCUGUUAGCUUCUAGUGGUCUGAAUACUAUAAUAAAUUACGAGUUUGGAAGAAUUGAAAAAGACUCAGAUAUCUGUCAUAGAACAGAAGGAACUGUUGCCACCUGUGUUCAUGAAAUUCUUUCGGAUGUUUUACUUUUCCAUUCAAAUCAUGAGGAAGUAUGGCCUCAGUGGGAGUUUGGCAAUCCUUACGUUUCUCGCGUAGCCACUCGAGUUGGUUCUCGGAUACACGCUGAGCUUCUUUCGAUGCUUCAAUUGGUUUUACCAGGAACCAAUAAUGUUUAUUAUGGUGAAGAAUUGGGAAUGCGCGAUUUGAGAAAUGACUCAUUGGUUCCACCACACAGAGGAGUAAUGCAAUGGGAUAGUUCAAUGAACGCUGGAUUCUCAACGAAAGAAUCCACAGCGUCUUUACUCCCUCCGGAUUAUGAGAAUGUGAACUGGGAGCUUCAAAACGGAGAAGAAAAAUCUCAUCUGAAAAUGUUUUCCAAAUUGGCGAAACUUCGUCAACGAGAUGAAACACUGAGCAUUGGAAAGACUUUGGUUGGACGUCUGGUUGAUGGAGCUUUCACUGUCACUCGUUUUCUUCAAGAGAAUAAUACAACGAUAGGAAAUAUAUACGUAGCUGCCGUUAACUUCUCUCCAAACACAAUUUCAAUUCCACUCGUUGAUCUUCCUCAGCAUAUCAAUUUAGGGAAAAGCCAAAUUGUUACAGUAACCUCUAACGUUCGCUCAUUGUCAGCUCGCGAACCCGUUGAUUAUUCUUCUAAAAGUAUAAGCUUAAACCCCGAAGAAGGAGUUGUUUUUAAAUAUCCAGCUUAA